AUGCAGGUGACGCGGGCGGCGCCGCAGAGUCCGUACGGGGCGUCGGCCAAGUCGAAGAAGCGCAAGCUCCUGCGCAACGAGACCGCGCUCGCGCCGAUCCCGCCCGAGCUCCCGCGGGGCAAGCUCAGCUUGGUGGAGCUCGAAGAGAAGAAGACGCUGCUCCCGUACCUCGAGAAGAUCGAGUACAUCAAUGCGCAGCUGCGGCAGCGCGGCCUUGAUGUGGCGCCUGCAUCCGAGCCGCGGGGGCUGCCAACCAGCGCCGCGUCGGCUAGCAACAACCACGCGCCGAGCCUCGAGGCGAGAGACGACCAAGCGCUGAGCUCGCGCUCCGAGCCCGACGUUGACGCGCCGCUGACGCUCGCGCGCCUGCGCCAGCGCUUCCCGCGCUUCGUGGGCGCUUCCAGCGGCCUCUUGCGGGACCGUCCGAUCGCAUGGCUCCUCCGCUUUGUCGCCGACGUCUACGAGGCGUACUUUCGGGCGUACGCGAGUUCGCGCGUCCUGAGUUCGUUUGCGCUCUUUGCGCGGCAGUUCAUAAUAACGAACCUCGGCGUCGCGGCCGACCAAGAUAUCAUUGACGUCGCGUGCACGCUCGAGCGCCAUACGAGCCGCUUUCCUGGCCUGCGGGCGUUUGCGGCCUUUCUGCGCGAAAUCGAAGACAACGAGUUUGCGUACUUCCACUGCCACCUCCGCCAUCACGUGCAGGACCAGCUCGGACUGCGCCUCAAGAAGAAAGACAAGGUGGCGCACCCAGACGUGGCCAAGAAGGUACUGCCGCCCGGGUCCGUCGUCCUCGGGCACCACCCCGACCUCCGCGACGGCACCCAAGUCGUGUACGUGGCCAAAGACGCAGUCAUGCACACGCUGUACGCCGCGUGCUUUCCAAAGGAGACGACGCUCGCGCGCUUCUACGUCGACGCGUCCCUGCCGUUCCGCCACGUCACCACGAUCGGUGCUCGUGGCGACGAGUGUAGCAGCUGCGUGCUCGAGCUCGAUGAGCUCCUCGAACGGCUCGUCGAGGACCUCCACCGCGUGCCCGAGGACAUUGUCGCCGCGCACAAGUUCAACGACGACGGAGAAAGCCUCACGCUCUUGACGCGACUGCAAGAUACUAUCAGCCACGACGCCGGCAUUGUGACGCUAAAGGCAGCGCUCGAGACUGAGACCCGGGGCCUCCGGCGGCUCGAGACGCAGCGCAUUAAGCUCGAUCGGCAGCUCACGAGCAGUGCCAUCGACGACGUCGCCAAGGCCAAGCUCAAGACGCAGAGCUUCCUCCUCGACAACCAGCUCCAAGCCAAGCGGCGCGACGUCGACGACCUGCGCCACCGCAUUGCACUCACCGAAGCCCAGGUCAAUACGGUGUGGGGCUCGGUGCUCUCGGACGCGGCGACGCCGACGGCACCACCCGCGUCGCCGCGCGCGCGCAUCCUCCGCCGCUUCCGGGACGCUAUCGCGCGCCGGUAUGCCAACCACCUCAUGGAGCAGAAAGUCGCGGCCAAGCUCCUCGAACGGCGGCGCAAAGGCAAGCAAGCCAACGCGUGGAGCGACCAGCUCGAAGCGCUGCAGGAGCGCAGCGCGACACGCAUCCAGCGGCUCUUUCGGCAGCGGCGGGCACGGCCCUCCACGAGCGCCGCGCCGCGGGCCAAGAAGCGCAAGGCCGAGCAGGAGAUGGAGCGGAAGCGGCUCGACGCGUUGCGGGCGCGGGACGCUCAGAAGCACCGGGCACGCCUCGCCGAGAAGCACGAGCGGGACGCGGGCGCGGCCGCCGCGCGCAAGGCCAAGGAAGACGCCGUGCUGCGCGCCGCCGCCCUCACGCAAGCCGAGAAGCUCCACGCCGCGGCGCAACGUGCGCUGAUGCAGCGCCUGUACGCACGCUGGCGUCGCUACGUGACCGUGGCGAGAAAGGCGGCCGCCGCGCACCGCACAUCGCUGCAACUGCGCUUCCGACGCUGGCACAAGUACCUGCGAUGGCGGCGCGACCAGCACCACGCCGCCACGAUGCUGCAGGCGCUCUAUCGGGGCCAUCGCGGGCGCCACGCCGGCCAACUCGUGGCGCGCCGCGCGCAAAAGAAGCAGCAGCUCGCCAACCGCAGCGUCCAGCGACUCCAGCAUCGGUUCUUGUUUACGCUCUGGCAGCAGUGGCGGCGGUACGCGAUGACGCAGGUCGCUGUCAAGGCGCGGUGCCGCGACGUCCUCACGCGCUCGCUGCACAGCUCGUUUGGCCAGUGGGCACGGCUCCUCUUCAUGCGACGCAAGAGUGCGCGCGAGCUUCAGCGCAUAUGGCGGGGGCACAUCGGCCGCUUGGCAGCCGCGCGGGCGCGGGCCCUGCAACACGCUUCCGUGCUCGUGCAGAAAACAUACCGGGGGCACUUGGGCCGGCGCGUGGCCGCGGUCCGCCGCAGCUUGCGCGCCACACAGCACCACGGCGUGAACCAGCUACUCCAGCGCCUCCUCCGGCGGUGCCUCUGGCGCUGCUUCCAAGCGUGGCAGUCGCGCUGGGCGUUCACGCAGCUCUGUCGCGACCGGACGACGCGUCGGAUCCACCGGCGCCAAACUUGGUGCUUUCACCUCUGGCAACGCUACCGCGUCUACCGCAUUCUGAAGCGCGCCGAGCGGUACCGGCGCCACUUUGCCGCCGCGACGUGCAUCCAGCGCAGCGUGCGGGGGUUUCUCGCACGCUCCCGCUUCCACGCACUCGUGACCAACCACCGUGCGGCCAAACUCCUGCAGCGUACAGUCCGCGGAUACCUCUGCCGACAGUUUUACCGCCGCACCCUCGCGCUCCACCGAGGCGCGUUGCGGAUUCAGUGCGGCUGGCGACGGCGCAAGGCGAUCUUGACCGUCGACCGACGGCGGAAUGCCGUGGUGCUCGACGCGGCAUUGCGCGGCGACUACAGCGUCGUGCUGCGGGCGAUCAACGGCGGUCGUGGCGGCAUUUGCGACGACGACGGCAACUCGCUCUUGCAUCUGGCGUGUCUGGGCGGCACCAAACGGCUCAUUAAGCUCUGCCUGCGCUAUCAGAUGGACCUUGGCGGCGUCAACCACGCCGGACGCACGCCACUGCACACGCUCGUGGCUGCACCCCAUGCACACCGGGCCGAGCUCAUCGACUACCUCGUUGACCACGGAGCAUGGCAGGAAGCCCGCGACAGCAACGGAGAGACGCCGCUCUUGCUGGCGACGUCGCUCAACCAUGUCGACUGCAUCGAGGUGCUGCUGCGCCGCGCCGCGAACGUCCACGUCGUCUCGAGCGCGACGCAGGAGACGCCCAUCAUGGCAGCCGUCGCCGCCAACUUUCUCGAGGCGGCGCAUCUGCUUUUAGGCAUGGGCCGCUGCUCGCCACACGCGACCGACCUCAGCGACGGCGCCACGCUGCUACACGACGCGGCGGCGCGGGGAUUUGUGGACAUGGCACAGCUCUUGCUCGCCCACGGCGCCAGUAUUGAUGCGGUCGACGUCGACGGCAGUACACCAAUCAUGUACGCGAUCUACAACGACCAGCUACCGAUGCUUCGCUUCCUCCUCGAAGCCGGCGCGUCACCGGACGUGAUCAAUCUCGCAGGCCUCGGGGCGAUCCACAUGGCGAUCGACAAGCCGGCGCUUGCAAGCCUCCUCGCCGCCUUCAACGCUGACGUGAACGCAUGGACGCUCCAAGGAGAGACUCCGUUGCACUUGUCGUGCCGCAGCGACAGCCUUCUCGAGAGCUCGCGCAUUUUGCUUUCGUUUGGCGCCGUUGUCGACGCCAAGAACCGCCGCGGCAACCUCCCGGCGCACAUUGCUGCCAAGCACGGAGCGGCCGAGACCAUGCGUCUGCUCAUCGAGUACAGCACCAACAUGAACAUGCGCAACUACGACAACAAGAACCCGCUCGGCGAGGCGCGCAUGCACCACCAGCUCGCAGUCAUUGACGUCAUCCAAUAUCACUUUGCCCAAGAGAUGCAGACGCUCGAGGAGAUGCCGCCCGUGCUCGAUGAAGACGGCGUCGCGUUGCCGCAGCGCUCGACGAACGAGUGGCGGGACGCCUACGCGAGCGCAGUCACCGUCUCGACGCUCAAUGCUUGGUCGCAGUGCGUCGACGCCGUCACGGGCGCGCUCUUCUACUACGACGCCGAGACGGACGAGUGCACGUGGCGAGCGCCGGUCGAGUACCAAGCCGCGCUGGGCGCGCAUUGGCACGCGAUCUCACGCGACGACGGCAGCUACGUCUACUGCCACGACGUCACCAACGAGAUCUCGACGACUGUGCCCCCUAUCGACCCUCUCCGGCUGCAGGCGCUCGUGCAAGGCGUCGACGAGUUCAAGAUGCUGCGCAGUCGCAUUCACCGCGUGUCGUCCGAGACGGCGGCUGCGACGGCCCAGUACAAGUCCUUCUGGGCGCGCUUCGACGCCGAAACCAAAGCUGAGCGAGCCAAGCACCUUGCUGCCCUCGCCAUCCAGCGCGCGUACAAAGGCCACGUGUGCCGGCGACGUCUGCGCGCGCUCAAGCUCGAGCACAAGACGGCGCUUCACUUGCAGCGUGUGUACCGCGGUCGCAUCGCGCGCCGCGUCGCCGCCCACGAGCGCCACCGCAUCCGGUGCGCGAUCACGCUCCAAGCGCUCGGCCGCGGCUUUCUCACCCGCCUCCACGAACGGCAGUCGUGGCACGCGUGGCGCGUCCAGGCGCGGACGCAUCGCAUCGCGGCCAAUACGAUCCAGCGCGUCUACCGGGGCAUGACCGGUCGCCGCCACGCCAAGCGGGCGCGGGUCAUCAAGCAUGGGCCGCGAACGUUCUUUGAGUGGGAAGACGCGCGCAAGCACGCGACGCGCGUGAGCACGUUCUCGGUGUGGGACGAGCUCCUGCUCGCCGAGACCGCGCCGCUCGUCGGUGUCUUUUACGCCCACCAGAUCACGGGGCAGUGCGUCUGGGACAAGCCGCCUCUCUGGAUCGAGCGCGACUAUCAAGCGUUUCUCGACCGCCAGCAGCUCUAUUACUACGGCUACACGGCGCGCAUGCUGGCGGCGGCGCUGCGUAUCCAGAGCCAAUUCCGCGCUCGGACCGCGCGCGUGCACUUUCGGCGGCUCCUCGAAGGGGUGCGCGUUGCCCGCCACUGCGAACGCGCCUACAUGGCCGAGCCCACGAGUCUUACGUGCCUCGGCAACUACGCUCUCUACUUGCACGCACUGGUGCACGAUUACGCCAAGGCGGGUGUCAUGUACGGCCACCUCGUUCAUCUCAUGGCAGCGCGCGGCCCCGACAUCGCGUUCGUCUUGCGCGUCUACGCUCUCUUUCUCUUUGUCACGGGCCAGGACGAGCGCGAUGCGAUUGCGCUGCUCUUUGAGCGCGCCGCCGCCAUCGACCCACGGAAGCGCACGUUUGAAUUGGCCUUCGGUGGCUUCUUCCGGUAUGCACUCGUGCUCUUCCCUGAGAGCGCGCAGAGCCACGUCAACUACGCCGCGUGCCUCGAUUGGGUCUACAAGAACGUCAAGGACGCGACGACGCACUAUCUGCGCGCGCUCGAGCUCGACCCGCACAACGCGCGGACCGUCGACCGCUUUGACGACAUGCUCGACCGCCACGGCCUCCUCGAGGCGGGCAAUGCGAGCGAGCGGUUCAUGCAGCACCAAGCCCACGCUGUUGCGCGCAACGACGCCCGCGUGCGCAAAGCGUACGACGACGCGGCCGAGGCAGCGCGACGACACGCCGCGGCCAUUACGAUCCAGACGCGGUUCCGGACGCGGAAGACUCAGGCCGACGUCCAGCAGAUGCUGCUGGCGCGGCGACUACGCAAGCUCGCCAAGCCGCUGUCGCCCCUGCACGAGACGCUCCAAGCGGCGUUCCUCGGUGUCGCCGCGCGCAAUACGUCCAAAGCCACGAUCCGCCUCUCGCAGCUCGGCGCUGUGUACGAGCGCCUCGGCCUCUCGAGCCGCGCGGCCGACGAGGACAGGACGUUUGCGUCGUACUUUCACGAGUUUGACUACCCCGACUCGAUCACACUCACGCGGUUCCUCAAGUGGUGGGACGACGGCGCGUCCCGCGAGGUCUGGGAAGCGUGCACGAGCGACGAAGGGUACCUCUACUACUACAGCCAUGCGACGGGCGAGAGCGUCUGGGAUGCGCCGCGCUUCCAGCGGCGUCUCGGCGACAUGACCGACCAGCCGCUGCAAGGCGCAUGGGAGGAGUGCCGGACAGACGACGGGACGCCGUACUACAUCAACGCCCGCACCGGUGCGUCGUCGUGGGAGAACCCGCUGAGCGCGCCACCACCGUGGGAGCCGGCCGUCGACGACGCCGGGCGCGUGUACUUCUACAACCGAGAGACGGGCGCGUCCGUGUGGACCAUCGCCGAGGCGACGCCUCUGGGUGCGGACGCGUGGGAGCUCGUCCAGACCGACGACGGGCUCGUGUACUUUUACAAUCAACUCUCGGGCGAGACGUCGUGGACGAAGCCGGGGCAGGACGAUGACGCAGCCGCGUGGGAGACGCUUCAGGACGACGACGGCAACGUCUACUACUACAACCGCGCGACCGGUGUCUCGCAGUGGGACCCACCCGAGGCAACGAGCCCCCACCAUCGCGAAGAGUCCUACCCAGAAGCGUCAAAGGUCGAGGGUCGAGUGGAUGAUUGA